AUGGGAUCUUCGCUUGAAGAUCUUUCACUCGAAAACACUUUGAACGAAUUUAUAAAAGCAAAUUCAAAUGACAAUUUAUUUUUGGACGUUGAAAACCCUUCUUGUAGAGUGGUUUCCCCCAAUCAAAAGGAUGAUUCACCUUCAAGUAACACAUCGGGUACUGGAACCAAAUUACGCAAAGAUAUAAGUAAUCUACUAAAUGAAGUUUCAGAACUAUCGAAGAAUUUAAAUGUUUCUGAGGUUUCUAGAAGUUUAGUGCCAGAUCUGACUCAAAAGCCAAAUUCAUCUAUAUCGUCCGGCAGAUCUUUAAAUGGAGAUUAUAGUAAAAGUUUAGUUGAACAUGCCCAAGCUGUAAUAGAUUACCAACGCGAACGUAUAGAUAUACUAGAAAACAUCGUAUCCAAGUUCAACUCUGCAAUGGACAAGGUGAACGAGCUCCACAAAGAUGAACUGGAAAGAUCUGAAACUGAGAAUAAAAACAUUCGACUUCAGAUCCACAAAAUAGUCUCAGACUACGACGCAAUUAUUAAAAAGAAGGAUUCCGAAAUUCGCGAGAUUGAGGACCUAAAGGCAAAGAACUUCAAGACGGGCUGCGAGUUGGUCAAGAAGGAUGAACAAAUAAAGGAAAUGUCAAAAAAGCUAGAAAUCUUGCCUAAGGAAUACGAGAGGGUGAAAACACAGAGGGAUGAUCUACUCGACCAAGUUAGAGAGCUCAAAAAUGAGUUAAAUCCUCCUUAUAAGUCGUGGCAAAGGGCUCUGGAGGACGCACAGAGAGAUAAUGGGACCAUGGGUUCUGUACAACUUCCUUUUACAACCUCUGAAUACCAAGGACAAUUUGGAUUCAUUAACCAGAAAGAAUGGUCAUCAUCUUCUCAACAAUUCCCCCAUUUUUUAUGUGAUGUGAGGAAACAGGAAACUGCGGCAAUGGGUCGAUGCCUAAUGCAGGUGGAAAAUGACCUAACAAGUUAUAAACGGUUACAUGAUGAGCAAAGGUCUGAAAUAAAUAGACUUAACUAUCUUCUAAGCGUCAAGGCAAAGACUGAAGCUCUUGAUGAGAACCCAUACUUCGGAUCGCAUAAGCAGCUACUGUACAUGAGGAACCUGUUCGUGGAAAUGGUUAAGAAAUCCAACGAGCUCACAGAUAAACUUAACCAAAAGAAGGAAGAACCUGUUGAAAAGGAAGACAGGUCAGUCCAGGCAGCGCUGAUGGUAAAAUCAUUUGGGGAACAGAGGGAAAUGUAUGAUAAACUGCUCGCAGCAGUUAAGAACAAGAUCUCAGUGGAAUCUUCAGGAACAUGUUUCUACAGCUGUAAAUUAGAUUACUGUAAAUUAUCGGACGCAGAACAAAUCAAUUUGGAUUUGAAGUUCAAUCGAAUGUUCGUCGAGAUUGAAAACUCCAUGGUUCUUGUGCACCAGCUUGAAGAAGACCGGAUCAUACAUACCCAAACAAUAAGUCGCGAAAACUUAAAAGCUGUCAGAAGUGACUCUAAAAAAUUGCAGGUCAUGUUAAGGGAUGACCACUAUCAUGUUUUCAGACCAGGCGACUUGGACUCCUACAAGAGGUUUAAGUACGGCUUAAUGUAUGCAGGUUUCCUUCUGGAUGAAACGAAACUUUCAAUAUUCUCCAAGAUAGAUCUUUCUGACCAAAACACUCUUGAAAAUCUUCCCAAGGACAUGGCUCCUGUUCUUUUUUCCAAGGUCGUAUCCUUGGGUAGUCAGAACCCCAAUUACACCUCAAGCCCUCUAUCUUACCCACACAAUCUUGAUCAGAGAUACUACCAAUCGAACUUGGACUUCCUUGUAAACAACAUGUUUGACAAUGUUAGUAUAUUAUCGGACUUCACUGAAAGACUGGCCUACUAUGACCAAUCUUGUAACGUCCUAGUUUUUUACGGUCCCAACUUGGCCAACAACCCCAAAAUCCUACACCCCAGAAACACCUACAAAUUUCUUGUCAAAAACGAUUUAGGGGAUUCUAAUGGGUUAAAUCACCUUCAAACCCCAACAGAAGAGGAAUUUAUCGAGGAAUAUAGAGUCCCACUGGCAACAUUUCCAAAUGGCGAACAGGUGAUAAACUACUUCAACCCUCAGCUGAACAACUACUCACUAGUUUCAGUUAAACAAAAUACCUCACCUUUCGGAUCUGGACUUCAUAACGGAUAUCAUCAAAACACUCAAGCUCUUAAUUCAAAUCUUCCUAAUCUUCCAGGUUCCAAUUCACCAACCGCAUUCGAUAGGAAUUUGAUGAACAUGAACAAUCCCGAUUUUGAGGUUUACUUCAUACUCCCACUCAGCCCCAAGUACAACGAAGUGCUUACAAACAUGAUGUCUAAGAUAGAGUUUUUGAGGCUAAAAUCAAGUUUCAGUAAAGUUGGCGAGCAUAAAAUAGAGAUAAAGGAGAAAAAGAAGUUUUACAAGUUUGAAAACGGGGUUUUGGAGAUGAAGAUGGGACCCAGUUCAGACGGGCCAGUAAGGAUCCCUUGUUUAAAUUCCCAAUAUGAAUUUGAUGAUGUAAAGUCAGAGGUUACUUUACUUUCCAAUUCAAACACCGGAGGCAUGGAGUCAUUUAAAUUUAGCAUUCCUGAUUUCUCCAUGUAUAAAGAAUUCGUUUCUGAACUAGGCAAAAACGGCCUAGUACCGUUAAAUCCAGGUGCUGAGGUAGGUAGAGGUCAAUUUUGUUUGGUGACAAAGGGUUUCUUCACUAUAUUCAACAAGGACCAGUCUCCAGACCCAAUUCUUGUCUUCACCCUAGAAAACACCAAGGUUGAAGUCGAUGACAAGGGCAGAAACAUAAAGAUCGUCGAUUACGAGAGUGGGACUUGUGUUGACAUGAAGUGUCUUAAGAAGGGAAUAUACCCCAGAUGGAUUUUUGCCCUAAAGUUCGCUGGUUUCCUUAAAGACGACGAACAUGGUUCUGACAUCGAAGACACCACAACUCUGAACGAGUUUUUAUUUGAGAUUCAUAUUUUCGAUUACGAUUCUAAGGGUGAAAAGGCCUUUAAGUUUGAAAAUGACAAAAUUAAACUCUUUGCAAGCCCCUCGCAUGGUAAAUCACAUGAAACCAGAUCACCCCCCCAACGUCCACUCUAUGUCUGGAACAGGGAAAACAUUAACAUUGAACUCCGGCCCAAGAACUCCAGGGUCAGAAUCUACGUCAACAAAGGCAAGAAAAACCAAGAGUUUUUCGAAAUCCAGUUCAUUCCACCUGCUUACGAUGAUUUCAUAAGUGAGCUCAAAAAGAACAAUUAUAAAAUCGACAGUCCUGAUAAACUAAAAAGCACAAACCAUCAAUAUGUUGUUAGUUUAAAGGAGGUUAUACAACUUCGUCAGUCGAUGGACAGUCCCAGUAGCAUGUUGAUGAUUCAAAAGAAGUUCUACGACUGUUCUGUGGACAUUGAAGCCAUGAAAGUAACCUUCACCCCAACUGUAAAUCACAAAACUCCCAUUGAGCUUCCUUUUAAGAAACAAGAAACCUUUCUCAAAUUCUUGCUUGCCCUCAAGAUUUCAACAUUUUUACCCUUUACAAAGAAGGGCACAGACAUACCCAUUAACUUCUUCCCUGAAAUUACCUACUGUUUCGCCUGCCCUGAGGCUAGGAAGCUGUUCAAGAACUGCAGACAAUAA